AUGCGCUGGCACCCCGCCGCGCGUCGCGUCCCGCACACGCGACAGACGUACAACUGGGACUGCGGCCUCGCGUGCGUCGCCAUGGCGCUCAACUCGAUGGGAGAGGAGAGCACGACCGCGACCGCGACCGUGCGAACAGACGACGACGACGACGAUGUCGACGAUGACUUCGCCUCGGUCGACGCCAUCGCGGCCGCCACGGACCUGCGCGUCCUCCGCCGCCUGUGCCGCACGACGUCGAUAUGGACCGUCGACCUCGCGCACCUCCUCCGCCGCUUCGGCGCGGACGUCACGUUCGCCACGGUCACGAUCGGCGCGAACCCGGCGUACGCGUCGGAGUCCUUCUACAGCGACACGCUGCGCGAAGAUCGCGGACGCGUCGAAUCGCUCUUCGACGCCGCGACGGAACGCGGCGUGGCGAUCGAACGCCGCAGCGCGUCGCUCGAGGAGCUCAAGGCGAAGACGCGAACGGGCGAGUACCUGAUCAUCGCGCUCGUGGACAAGAGGAAGCUCGCGAGCAGCGAUGCUAAUGCGAGCGAAAAUUACACCGGGCACUACGUCGUCCUGUGCGGGUACGACCCCGCCGACGACGUCUUCCUGUGUAGGGACCCCGCGUGCGCGGUCGCGGACCUCGUCGUCCCCGCGAGCGCCGUGGAGACGUCGAGGCGGUCGUUCGGCACGGAUGAGGAUCUGCUCUUCGUGCGACGGGGGCGGGGGUUACGCGCGAGCGCGGUGAGGGAGGUGAUGGACGCCGCGCAUGGGGAGGGUUUGGGGGGCGAUCAAUGUUUGGAGGGCGCGAGGG